GUCGGACAAUCGGUUCGCAUGGUUUCGGUUUUGUUCCUCCACUGGUUGCGAGUGCAUGAGUGUCUGUGUGUGUUUGUGUGCGUAUAUGUGAGUUGGAUUCAGGGGGAUUUUCAUUUUCAUCGUUUGUAGUUUCAUUUUAGUUUACGUUUAGUUGUCGAAGCGUUGAUUUCGUUGAGAAAAAAUUGGUCUUCUGCCACCAACAAAAGGGAACCCAACUAAAGAGGAAGUGCAAAAUAGAAGCAAAAAAAAAAAAGGAAUUCUCAUGUCAUAAAAAUUCCAAAAGAAAAAUAGAAGAAGCAAAGAAAAAUCCACUUAUUUUCUUCGAGCAAUAAAAAAAGUGUAAUUCGAAAAGAAAACGAUUAUUUUAAAUUGGCGCGCUUUAACUAACGACCACCACCACUGGUUUUGCAAUAAAAGGAAAAAAAAAACGAAAACCCCUAAUUGAAAUUGGAAUUUGAGAAAAUAGAUAAAGUGCAAUAACUACUGCAAGUGUUGUGCAAGCAAUAAAAUUUAAAUAAAUUAAAAUAAAAAGUGAUUUUUUUUAAAGAAAUUUGUAUAAAACCAUUUUUAAUAAAAUAAGAUGUCAUCAUCUCAUGGAUAUAUCAUUGCCCUGCUCUUGGCUGCCAUGGUGUGCCUUACAACAGCUCAAAGCAUUUUAAAAUGCUGGCGCUGUUCAACAGAUGUCUCCAAUGGAGAAUUCUGCAACGAUCCCUUCGAUCCCAAUGGCAUUACGGACCAGCAGCGUUACUGGAGUUAUGUCAAUUGCACCUAUAAUGUGGGAUUUAAGGCGGUGAACGCAAGGCCCGUAUGCAAAAAACUUGUGCAGGAAGUUUAUGGCAAACGUGUCAUAUCACGUUCAUGUUUCUACGAAGACAUUGAUGAUCCAGCAGAUAAAUGUGCCCGUGACACCACCUCGUCGUACAUUAAGACCGUAUUCUGUGAGACGUGCAACUCGGAUGGCUGCAAUGGAGUAUCGGGACUGAUGCCCUAUGGGACGCUAUUGGCGUUGACAGCAUUGCUGGUCAAAUUAAUCAAAUAAAUAAAAAGAGAAAGCAAUUCAGUUUGCGUUCAGCACUUACCUCCCCACGAAAAAAAAAAUGAAAAAAAGAAAGAUAACUUAAAGCGAGUUGGAACCCCAGUUUUUGGAGUUUUACAAAAUGCGCUUUAAAACUCGAACCUCUUUAAAUAAUAAUAAAAAAAUUAUAUCAAAUCAUUGUUAGUUUUUAAGCAAAACAAAAAAAGUAUACAGAAAAUUUUGUAAAUUUAUUCAUGUUUAUAUUUCAGUUUUCGUUUGGAUUAGCUAUUAGAAAAAAAACUAAUAUUUGGGUAACAAUUUUGAUUUGUAAAAUUAAUAUUUUUGUAAUAUUAUUUUGAGUUUAGUAAAGCUUUAAAUAAAAAGAAAAUAAUUUAUUUAAUUUAAAAUACAUUAACUUAACUGGUUUAAGAAAAUUUGCAUUACUGUU